GAUGUUGACUAGGAAACCUACGGUACCAAACUGUAAUUCUUUGUGGGAUAAUCGAAAAUCUGCUUGUGAAGCUCGUCGAGUUGAAAUAUUAGAUCAUACUUUCGACAGUAUGGCACAAGAUGAAUUGGCUUGCUGUUCAAAUGCGAAUAUUUUUAAAUCUCCUGCAAUGAGUGAAAAAAGCGGUGUUUUGAAGAGAAACUGCAUCAGGAAUCAGGCUUGUACCUUAAAACUGUUAAGUAGGCACUAUCGCUCAUUAUCCCGUCACCGCUUUCAUUCUUCUGUGACAUCAUCCAAUAUCUGCCCAUUAUCAUUCAUCAUUUUAUUAUUCGCUUUUUUAUCGAUGUCCGAGUUCUUCUUAAUAGCAGCAGACGAGUCAAGUUUUUCUGAUAUGAUGACCGAACUGAGGCCUAUUAGCGACAGCAGUAAUCAUAGUAGCAGUAUAAGUAACAGUUACGGAGCAGAAACUAGUCAGUCAUCGUCAACAGCAUUGCGUAAAGCGUAUACUAAUCAGUUUGCCGUGCGUAUCACGGGUGGUGAUAUCUUGGAAGCGGACAAAUUAGCGACAAAGCAUGGUUUCAUCAAUCUUGGACCAGUUUUGCCAAAUGAUGAAUAUUUCUUAUUCGAAAGUCGGCAAACAAGAAAGAGGUCGACACGGCCGAGAAGGAAUGCCCAAACAAAUUCUAUUGCGCGAGAACCUAAGGUAGAAUGGAUAGAACAACAAAUAGCAAAAAAACGAGUUAAACGUGGUUACAUGUCUGUGAACAGUCGUUCACCGACUGUUCACUUGCAGAGCUUUAAAGGCAAUGAAAUCAGUGACGAUCUCACAAUAAUAGCUAGUAGUGAUGCUCAACAACAAUAUUCAAGCAGCCGCAACCGGAAUGCUGGUGCCCGCAGUGCUGGGAAUUAUAAUUUGAAUGAUCCGUUGUGGUCCCAUAUGUGGUAUUUGAAUCCGGCAGUGUAUGGUCGUGGUUUGGAUCAUAAUGUACGCGAAGCUUGGGAUCUUGGUUAUACAGGAAGAGGCGUAGUUGUAACGAUACUGGAUGAUGGUUUGGAACGAACACAUCCAGAUAUUGCUCCCAAUUAUGAUGCAAAAGCUAGUUACGACGUAAAUGAUCGUGAUGAAGACCCGACACCCCGGUAUGACUAUACAGAUGAAAACAGGCAUGGAACACGAUGUGCUGGCGAAGUAGCUGCUAUUUUCAAUAAUUCACUGUGCAUUGUUGGAAUCGCCUACAAUGCUCGAAUUGGUGGGAUUAGAAUGCUGGAUGGUGAUGUGACCGAUGCGGUAGAAGCAACCAGUCUUGCUCAUAAUUCUGAUCAUAUCGACAUUUAUUCGGCAAGUUGGGGACCGGACGAUGAUGGCAGAACAGUUGACGGACCAGCGAAAUUAACGAGAAGAGCUUUCGAAAAAGGUAUUCGUGAGGGUCGCCGUGGACUUGGUUCUAUAUUUGUUUGGGCCAGCGGAAAUGGCGGCAAAGAUGCCGACUCAUGCAAUUGUGAUGGAUAUACUAAUAGUAUUUAUACGUUAUCGAUAUCGUCCGCAACAGAACACGGCAACAUACCGUGGUAUUCGGAAGCUUGUAGUUCAACACUUGCUACUGCGUAUAGUAGCGGUGCGACUGGUGAAAAAAUGAUUGUAACAACAGAUUUACAUCAUUCCUGUACAAAUGCUCAUACGGGUACGUCGGCAAGUGCACCACUAGCAGCUGGCAUUGCCGCUUUAACUUUGGAAGCUAAUCCUAAAUUAACAUGGCGAGAUAUGCAGCACAUUGUUGUUCGCACCGCUCGACCACUCAAUCUUCGUGCUGGAGACUGGGUAACAAACGGAGUUGGAAAGAAAGUUUCACAUUCAUUUGGUUUUGGUUUAAUGGAUGCCGGUGCAAUGGUCCGAUUGGCUAGUAACUGGACGAGGGUUCCGGAACAGAGAAAAUGUGUCGUCUUUUAUCCGGCUAGAUAUAAAACCGUUCCACAUGGCAAUCGAUUACAGUUGCAGCUUUAUACAGAUGGUUGUGCAAGCUAUCCUCGUAAUAAAGUAGGGUAUCUUGAACAUGUCCAGGCAAUCAUCACCCUAACUGCACCCAAACGGGGUGAUAUACAGAUCUAUCUCACUUCACCUUCAGGGACUCGAUCAACUUUGUUAGCGAAACGGGCUCGUGAUACUUCCAGGACGGGCUUCAGAGAAUGGGCUUUCAUGACAACUCAUAACUGGGGCGAAAUGGCUGUAGGUUUAUGGACAUUAGAAAUCAAUAACGAUGGAUGGGAUGAUGCUGAAUUGAUACGAUGGGAUUUGGUUCUUUACGGUACAGCAGCAGAAGUAAGCAAUAUAGGCGGUACAUCUUUAACAUCGUCAUCACUGACACUACGUUCAUUGUCCAGUAAAACACGGACGCGGUAUGGUGCGUUAUGGGACGACAUAUCCGCUGCACCUAUCAUUAUUGCUUCCAGUAAUAUAGCUUUAUUUCCUUUCCUGUUUAAUUUUAUUGUGUUCUAUUUAUUUAUGCCUUCCAUCCGGUAG